AGCCGCUGUGGGCCAGGAACACAGAAUGCCGCUGCAAUACAGAGCUCGGGUGCAGAAAGCAGGAAACAACAAUUUCCCAUUCUCUUCUCAUGACAACAGACAUGACAUAUGCAAUGCAGUCGAGUAUUUUGACCUGGGCAUGGGCGUGAGGAAGUUGGAUCCAGAGAAGCAGAGACAGAACUCCCAUAACUUCUUCGAGUGGUCUCGCGCGCCGGGCCGGAGCAGCCGCGAGGGCUUCGUCACCGUGUACCAGAGCACGUUUGUGUCGGGUCAGAGCCCUGGAGAGGAGGAGCAGUCUCACAGGCGCUACCCCAAACACCACUGCCAGAGCCACAGCGACCACAAAGAAAGCUCCAGCAAACCUCCUACUGAGGAUGAGAAAGCCCUGAAGCCAUCCAAGACAUCUUAAUCAGCAGAACAUCUCUAGAACACCCACCAAGCAAAUGUGAGCUGUUCACUACUCAAAACAACGGUGGAGAAAUAAACAUUUGAGUGAAGUGCACGUGGCAGUACCUUGAGAGUUCAUUACCUUACAUUACCCUGAAAACAGACAUUCCUAGAAAACCUUUAAAGAAGAGGAGCAUUAUAAGGA